AUGUCUGUCUCUACUCCGCUGUUAACAAUCUCAUCAACACCGCCAUCAUUAUCAUCAAAUCAUCACGGGAUGGCGCUCAUUGUGUGCGAGGGUGGCUGUGGGCUCAAAGGCAAUAAAAUUUGCCGUUUUCUUCUUCAUUGUCUCACUGGGACACGUCCACAUACACAAGCUUCUAGUGAAGGAGAGAAGCUUCCGAGAAAUGGCGCGAAACCACCAACGCAUCAACGGAACAAGCAACAACCUUCAGUCUUCAACUCAAGUCGACUCACGUUGACACUUCAACAUCAGCUGACGUCGGAGGACCUACUUCCAUGUGUUCUCGCGGAGAAGUGUGAGCCCAGCCGUAUUGGUGCACUGCUUCGAAGCGAGACACACCAACACUCCGACUACCAGCUCGCCGUCACCGAGGACAACUAA